GCGCAAGCCACCGAACGAUCGUCCCUCGAAUAAAAUCUGUGUUGCUUGCUUCGGAUCGGUUCAUUCCUUGCUGACUUCAUAGUUAUGGUACUGGUCGAGUAUAGGACUCGCAGUCUCCACAAAACCGUCCUCAGUGUCACACGUGCGCUCGUUCAGACACAGUAACUCCAGGUCGCGCGCGCUGCUCUAGUUUCUACUAAGCUGUAAAGUUCCUUCCUACUUCCCGAUCAUUCUAAAGUGGUUUUAAUAGCUAGCGGUAGACCUAUCGGUUUGACUAACCGUGAAUAAGUCGCUUCAUAUAUUCGUAUAGUGUGAUUGGUUUAUUUAUUACUGAAAAAGUGCUUUGGGUAAAAUAAGAAGUUGCAGUCAAUUAAUGUGGUGAUAUACAUGUCAGAAAUUAAGUAAUAAAAACCAAUUGGUAAUUGGUAUCGAUAUCGAAUAUGCCGUCUCCAGAUAGUAAAAAAAUUUAGUGUUAUGUAGGAUGUUGUUGUGGUAUCAAUAAUUCAUAACAGAAAGUGAGAGAUUGCGAAAAUGCGUCACACCAAUGCGCUCGCGGUUGUGUUUUUUGCUGCCGUUCAAAUCACCCUCACAACAAACACGCCUAAUUCCCCAACGACGGAGACCCCCAGGGUAAGCACUCUGUUAAACCUGGCCAACGAGACGGAGCUCGUCGAUACGACACUACUAAUCAAAGAAUUCAAAAGUACGAACCCCGCACACGAUGAGUCGACUAUUGCCAGUAGUAGUACUAGCAGUAGCAGUAGCAGUAGUGAUCCAACAGAAAGCCCCAUUAGCACUAGCAGCACAGCUUCGAUCGGAAACGCAACCGAGCCGUCCGGCGCAGCAGAAAACAAAACGAUGACCCCUCAGGAAAUCCAGAAGCUACUGAUCCCUCCGGCCAAAGUCAAGGCCGCCAUUCUACACCUCAAUGAGUCGGAAGAUACACAUGAGAAGAAUACGAACGAUCCGAACUGCCCAUCUUUGGAAGACGCGGAUCACAUGUCCCAGACACAGUUGCUUUCCCGACUGACACACGUUUGCCGAUUCGAUCGGUUGGAGCGACCGAUGACGAUUCAAAAUGGCAAAAAACUACCAGUAGAAGUGUUUGCACGAGCUUACAUUUAUUUUCUACAAAACCUAGAAGCCCAUGAUUUGCAAUUCAAAAUUCACGCACUUCUCCAGCUGCGUUUCGUAGAUCCUCGAUUAGUUUUCGAAAAAGUUGCACCAAACCGAACAGAACCGAUCAUGGGUGAACAGUCGCUACGUGAUGUCAUCUGGGUACCGCAUGUUUUUUUGGCCAACGAACGUAGCUCCGACAUUUUGGGAACAGCCGAAAAAGAUAUUUUGACAUCGAUUUCCCCUGAUGGUACCAUCAUCAUUUCAACACGUAUCAGUGCUACGCUAUAUUGCUGGAUGAAUCUACAAAAGUUCCCGUUCGAUGAGCAGCAUUGCUCGACAGUGCUUGAAAGUUGGAUGUACAACGAAAGUGACCUUAUAUUGAAAUGGGAAAAGAGUACUCCGGUAACACUGGCGCCAGAAUUGCAUCUAACCGAGUACGUACUUCUGGACAUGUUCACCAACGAAACUAUUAUCAAUGCCGAUUUGAGCGAUCUUCGACAUGGCGCUUUCGCUGGUAACUACAGUUCAUUGAGCUUUACUGUGCAUCUUGCUCGAGAAAUGGGUUUUUAUUUAAUGGAUUAUUUUAUUCCUUCGAUUAUGUUAGUCACGAUCUCGUGGGUAACAUUUUGGCUGCAAGCAGAUCAAUCAGCACCUAGAAUCACUCUGGGAACAAGUACUAUGUUGACUUUCAUAACAUUGGCUUCUGCGCAGGGGAAAACACUUCCUAAAGUCAGUUACAUUAAAGCUUCUGAAAUUUGGUUUUUGGGAUGCACAGGUUUCAUCUUUGGUAGCCUGGUUGAAUUUGCAUUUGUUAAUACUAUUUGGAGGCGAAAAAAGAACGUUGAAUUAAAGAAAAAGAACAGCAAGUAUAUUUUCAAGUCUUUAACACCGCUGCCAACUCGUAAAGAUAUUGGCGGCUUACAGAAAUCUCACUCAUGUACCAGUCUUGAUGGUCAAGCUACAGUUACAGCUUCAACAAAUUCAUUCAAUAAUUAUUUAACAGUGCAUUCCUUUCCGUCAAAAUCCAAUUCCACGCUUCCAACAAUCACCACUUCCAGUGCUGAUAAUAUAAAUCGAAGUGGCAAUGUUUCAAUAAGGAUAGAGGAUACUUCACUGAUAAACGGCGAUCAGAAGAGGACGGGUGAUCAAUCCGAUGUGAAUGGAAAUGGAUGGACGACGAUGACACCACAGGAAAUUGCUAUCUGGAUUGACAAACGGUCGAGAUUCGUGUUUCCACUCUGCUUUCUAGUUUUCAACAUAUUUUACUGGUCAUUUGUGUACUACACGUAGUAGAUCGCAGUUUCAAUAAAAGAUUUCAUUUGUGAUUUAGAUAGGAUUAAAAAAGUAAAAGUAAACAUUUGUGCAUAUACUAUGUAAGAACAAGUGAUGUAUGAUUCAAACGUAAGUAUAAUUGUAAUUGAUUUAAUUAUAUUUUGUUGUUGUUACACUGUACAAUGAUUUGUUCAAGCAGUGCCGAUCAUAGAAAAUAAGUUCGAAAGUUAAACUAAAGAAUAGUCAAAUAUUUAUUGAAUGAGCUAUAUCAAUAUGUUAUAAACCUUUAUCUUAUAAA